CAAACUGCAACCUAAGUUCAAUAGCGGUCUUUGUGUAAUUCGAAUGCAUUAAUAAUGUCUCUGACGAAAGUUUACGACGCUGCAACAGUAUUGAAACACUUAAAUGGCAUUAUAAACGUCUACAAGCCCGCCGGGAUGAAGGUGCAUCAAGUACGAACUGCAAUUUUGGCCAACAUUUGCAAAGGUCUAAACGAAAUGAAUGUGCGUGAGCCACGCAAAUUGCCAGAAGAAAUGCGGUUGCUUGGAACCGGCACAGCGGCAGACACCGUUCUACAUAAAAUAUCCAGCGACACGGACUUGUCCGACCAUGUGCUCGCUGCUGGCCCACGUUACAUACCGCAAGACUGCCGAAUUGCGCCUGUGGCCAGUCUUGGAGUGCACACCAGUGGGGUUUGUCUGUUUGGCCUUAACGCUGGACUGCGACAGUCCAGUCGCAUUCAACGCAAUCGACCAAUCCGCAUAUACCACGUGACCGGCCGCAUGGGUAUAGCGACGGAAAGUCACCUGCCUGGCUCACAUAUAACGGUGCGUGCCAAGCAUGGACAUGUGUCAGCGGAUCGCAUUAGCGCACUUGCGUCGUCAAUGCAAGCUUCACAUCAGCGCAAAAUGUACGAGCUGUGUGGGGUGGAUCUUCAAACGCAGGCUGCCUACGAACUGGCAUGCAAGGGUCCCCUACGUCCAACCAACAACAGCCAGCCAGUGAUAUAUAGUCUCAAGCUCAUACACUUCGAACGCCCAAACUUUACUUUGGAGGUGCAUGCUAUUAAUGAGAGCGAGGACUACUUGGCUGCGUUAGUACACGACAUGGCUCUGGAGCUGCGCACCGUGGCACACUGUGCUCAACUGCGUUGCAUAAGACAUGCCCAUUUUGAUGUAACCGACAGUCUGCUACGACAUGGUUGGCAUUUGCCGGGCAUCAUAAAGAACCUGCGUCAACAACGCGAGAUUUUAAAAUCGCAUCCACAGCUACUGAAUCAACAACGUGUAGACUUGUAUGCAAAUCAAAAUACAGCGUAAUAUUUAUUAUAGUUUUAAAUAUA